AUGCCCGGACUACUGUUGGGGGAUGAAUUUCCCAAUUUUGAGGCUGAAACUACCAUCGGUAAUAUUAAAUUGCACGACUUUCUUGGAGAUAGCUGGGGCAUUCUUUUUUCACAUCCACGAGACUACACCCCAGUUUGUACCACAGAGCUUGGGCGCGCGGCUCAACUGAGCGUUGAGUUUCAAAAACGCAAUGUGAAGAUGCUUGCUUUGUCCAUCGAUACUGUGGAGACACACCAUGGCUGGUGCAAGGAUAUUCUGUCUUACAAUAAUGAGGACACUGAUGCUGUGUUCCCCUACCCUAUCAUCGCGGAUUACAAACGGGAGCUGGCCGUGAGCCUUGGCAUGUUGGACCCAGAUGAGAAGGACAAAGAUGGCAUGCCACUGACUGCCCGUUGUGUGUUUGUGAUCGGCCCAGAUAAGAGGUUGAAGCUAUCGCUCCUGUAUCCUGCCACAACUGGACGGAACUUUGAUGAGAUUCUGCGGGUUAUCGACUCCUUGCAGCUGACCGCAUUCAAACACGUGGCUACGCCAGUAGAUUGGAAGCCAGGGGAACGGGUCAUGGUCCCACCGAACAUACCGGAGGAAGAGGCCGCAAAACUCUUCCCAAACGGGGUGUACACUAAAGACUUGCCUUCUGGGAAGAAGUAUCUGCGCUACACACCUCAGCCAUAA